ACCACUUCACUAUCAAGCCUAGCAAAAUACAUGGAUAUUGAAAGAAGCGACAAAGCGUUUACCACAAGAAACAGUUCAUAUCAUUAUAUUUCGAUCAAAUUCAUUAUAUCCAUUCUUCUACUGCUGUUAAUCCUCAUACUUGUUCAAUCUCAAUCCCCCCCUUUCUUCAACAAAUGGAGAUCAGGAUUAGCACUUAAUGCUACUAACCAUCCUCCUGUUACCGAUAAAACUGACGUACAGAGACUCAUUUCAAAUCUUCAAGAUUCGGUCACCUUUCUGCCACUUAAGGAUCUGAGAUUCGCCAAGACAGCUAUGGAAGGCAACACCUGGUUUAUGAGCUCAUUAAACGACACUCGCAACGAAAACGAAGCUGAAUAUCUCUAUUUCCCUUCAGAAAUGUCUAAAGGAAGACUACUAUGCAUAAAAGGAAAUAAUACAAGAGACGGAACCAAGAAUUCAUAUGCCUUGGCGUGGCCGGAAGCUCUUCCACAAUCUGCAAAGUUCAUUAAUGGCUUAACAUUUGUGUCGGAUACAUAUUAUGAUUAUACAAACUUAUGGCACGGAUUAUGUGCAAUGGCUCCGUUUGUCGGUUGGUCGAUAAAGAAUGAGUGCUUAAAGCCGAAAAUAUGGGUACUGUUCCAUUGGGGAGAGCUUCGGUCUAAAAUGGGAGUAUGGUUAGAGAAUCUGAUGAGAACUAACUUCGGAGAUGUUAAAGUUGACGGACUUGAAGAAGGAGAUCAGCCUUACUGCUUCGAAAAGGCGGUGGUCAUGAGGCAUAAUGAAGGAGGUAUGUCAAAAGAAAAGAAGCUUCAGGUUCUUGAUCUGUUGAGAUGUACAGCCAGGAGGUUUUGUGGAAUUGACCCUGUAGGUAAAGGGAAAGAAGUUAAUGAAAGAGGCGAGCCGAUUAUAAGGCUAACAUUGCUUAUGAGAAGAGGUUCCAGAUCAUUUAAAAAUGCAACGGCAGUGAUGGAUAUAUUUUCCGGUGAGUGUGCAAAGGUGGAGGGCUGCAUAUUGAGGGUGGCUCAGUCGGAGGAUCUUAGUUUCUGUGACCAGGUUAGAGUAUUGACCUAUACGGACAUCGUUGCAUCCCCACAUGGUGCUCAGUUGACAAACAUGCUGUUCAUGGACAGAAACAGCAGUGUGAUGGAAUUCUUCCCUAAAGGAUGGUUAGAGCUUGCAGGAGUAGGUCAAUAUGCGCAUCACUGGAUGGCAGACCAAUCUGGAAUGAUCCACCAAGGUACGUGGUGGGAACCAUUGGGAGAAAAAGAAUGUCCAUCUCCUCAACAUGAUCUGGACUGCUUCAAUUUCUACAAAGAUGGGAAAAUUGGUCAUAAUCAAACCCAUUUCGCAGCAUGGGCGCAACAUGUUCUCAUCCAAGUAAGAGCGCAAAAGCUGGAAGACAUCGAGAAUUCCAUUAACAAGCCACAGCCACACCAAGCAGUCUGUGGGUGCUAGUCAUAUUUGUCCAUUUCUUCACUUCACGAAGCUUAUAACACAAUGUUGUAUUAGUGAAAGUUAGCUGUAUGGGAUAAUAGUGCCUAGUCUAUACAUCAUAACACAAGAUCAAUCACAGUGAUCACCUUUUUGAUA